AUGGCCAUCUCCAAGGUAAUCCGGCACCCCAUUGGACGUCUCCACGGUAACCCAGUACCCAGAAUGGACAUUGCCACGGCUGUUGGGUCAUCCCAGCUGUGUUGCACCACGGGCGGCUGUCACUUGUUUAUCAGGCAGACGAUUGGUGGCCUGUGUCACCGGGUGUGUGUGUGUGUGUGUGUGUGUGUGUGUGUGUGUGUGUGUGUGUGUGUGUGUGUGUGUGUGUGUGUGUGUGUGUGUGUGUGUGUGUGUGUGUGUGUGUGUGCGUGCGUUAGUGUCUGUAUCAAUUCCUCCGUAUGCCUGUCUGUCUGUCUGUCUGUCUGUCUGUCUGUCUGUCUGUCUGUCUGUCUGUCUGUCUGUCUGUCUGUCUGUCCAUGUCUGCCUCGCUCCCUCGUGUGCAAGUGGCCCACUGAGCGUCGCACACCAUCACCACGGGGCCAUCACAGGCGUCUGGCUGUCCCGACCGGGGCUCCUAAACUAUUGGUGAUGCGUGAGUGCGUGCGUGUAUGCAUGCGUGUGUGUGUACAUGUCUAUGUGUGUGUGUGUGUGUGUGUGUCUGUGUGUGUGUGUGUGUGUGUGUGUGUGUGUGUGUGUGUGUGUGUGUGUGUGUGUGUGUGUGUGUGUGUGUGUGUGUGUGUGUGCGCGCGCGUGUGUGUGUGUGUGCGCGCGUGUGCGGGGGUUUGUGUGUGUGUGUGUGUGUGUGUGUGUGUGUGUGUGUGUGUGUGUGUGUGUGUGUGUGUGUGUGUGUGUGCCCAGGAGACCUCUUUACUCUAA